GAUCUGCGGAUGAUCCCCGAAGGAAACCCUAGAAAAUUGUCUGUGCAGCGCUUAGAUACGGUCCGAAGGAUUGACUUCUAGCUAUAUAGUCCAUCACAGUGCGCGACCUUGUUUCGUUGUCAGUCAUGUCAGAAGCUAAGGAACCCACCACUGCCGAGGCACCAUUCAACAAUCCUGACUGUGACAUCAUUCUCCGUUCGACUGAUGGUGUCCACUUCCAUGUUUUCAAGCUCAUUCUUUCCCUCAUGUCACCCGUAUUCAAAGACAUGUUCACGCUACCCCAAAAUAAUUUGCAGUCAGACGUACUGUCAGUGCCCGUCAUUCCUGUAGCUGAGAGCAGCACGACCUUGAAAUCCCUACUUCUACUCUGCUAUCCUGCCACAACCCCAACCUUCGUCAGCUGGAAUGACGCAAACGCUAUGAUGAAGGCAGCCACGAAGUAUGACAUGCAAGGGGCCCUUAGCCGUGCUGGGGACCUCAUCACUGCUCAGUUUCUACCAGAUCACUCCCUUGACCUAUACGCUCUCUCUUGUCGAUUCGGAUGGGAGCAUAAUGCGCGGGUCGCCGCUACCAGUGCCCUUAAGAUCAAAGAUCUAGGACGACCCAGUGGUGCGUUUGAUGGUAUGGAGGACAUCACCGCUCUGGAUUACCACAGGCUUCUUGUGUACCAUUAUAACUGCAGCGUUCGCUGCUCAAGCGCGUUGUCAUCAACUGUAAAUAUGCAAUGGAGGAGAUGCACAUGCAGAAACUCGAGCAUUAAGAUGCUCCAAGUCGGAAACUCCAGAGACGUUGGGAUCGCCCCGUGGUUUGAUGAAUAUCUGGUUUCGAGUGGGAAGGAGCUGUUUGCAAGGCCUUGCGAAUCUACCUUACGGGAGUCGACAUCUUACCAUCGCGCUAUCGUCAAAGCAGCUGAGUGCAGUAGUUGCCGAAGCAGUGGCAACGUCGUCGAGAGUAUGGACACGUUCCGUGCUUUGUAUAUCGCACGAGUUAAAAAGGUGGUCGCUGCUGUGAGCUUUCCCAGCUAAUUGAUUCAUCACCGAUUCACUUGAAGUUCACCUUACUUCUGCAGGUGGUAUUAGUGCCGAAAGUGCCGGUUGGCAGAUUUAUUUUUGACUGAGAAGGAAGAUAGUCGUUUCUUCUAUAAGUAUUUAAGGUAGAGGCAAUUGGGUGACAAGUGCAACUCCGUCAGCGAACUGAGCCCAAGAAUUGAGCAGCCCUAUUCUUCUGUAGUCUUAUUUGAAAUGUACAACUUGAAUUGUUCGGAACAAUUCGUCAUGUGAUGACUGUGCGGCAGUGAAAUGAAUUGACUUGUAUCUAG